AUAAAACUAUACCAAUGGAAAAAAUUUUAUCUACAAUGAACUCAAUGAUGAGUCAUAUGGAAUCGUUAGAAAACAAGCUAAAAAUGGAUCCAAAUAAUAACAAACAACACACACAAUUAACAGAUAGUAAUUGGGUUAUAGACAACAUUGUAAGUAUUGCAGAAACAAAUUGUACAGAAAACAAAGAAAAAUGGUUCAUAGAAGGAGGAAAUAAAUAUAGAGGACAUUGGUCAUCUGAUGGAAUGGGGGCAGUAAUGGGCGACUUCAACGCUGUACCAUCACCAAGUAUAAAUAGAAAUAACAAUAACCAAUUCAAUAUUCCAGAGAGUGAAAUAUUUUCAAUAUUAACAGGAAAAGACUUAAUUGACAGUUAUAAAAUCACACACCCUGACUCCAGUGGUUUUACGUGGAAAAGAGAUAAUUCGCGAGAACAGAGCCGAAUCGAUGCCAUCUGGAUUUCACAACAAUGGGGAAAAAAAAUAAUAGAAUAUUUUACGGAGCAACUUGAACUAGUGACAAAAAGUGAUCAUAAAAUAAUACAACUUAAAAUUAAAAAAAUAUGGCAAAUACAUUCAAAUCGAGAAAUACAUGAUAAUAUAGGACCUAAGAAAUAUGAGGAAUUAUUAUACAAAUUUAAAGAACAAAGUAUACAUUUUCAAACAAUCGCAAGAGCAGAGAAAAAGAAAAAAAACUUCAAAAAAAUUCAAAAAGCCAUAGAAGAAAGAUGGGAAAAUCUUAAAGAAAUAGAAGUAAGUAUAGACGAAUUGGAAGAAACCAUCCACCUCUUACCCAAUAAAAAAGUGGCUGGACAAUUAGGUUUACAAUAUGAAUGGUUUAAGCAUCUCCCUAACGAGGACAUAGAAACAUUAAGAGACAUCAUUAACAUGGCCUUCGAGUUAAAUGACAUUUCAGAAGAAUAA